GAAUGCAAAAAAGGAGGAGCAUUUCAAUUUUGUGCUUGUACCGUGUUCUCAAUUUCACCGCUCCGUUCUCAUUUUGAUACGUGAUACUUUUGAAAUAAUAGUGAAGCAAAGAAACGAUUUCUUUCUAUAAUUUAUGGUGUGAACGGCGAAUUAUUUAAUGUAAUGUAAAAUUAUUGUAGUUUGUGUAUUUAUAUAUGGUGUCGAGUAAAUAAAACUUUGGGAUUUCUCGUACGAAGAAAUGGAUUUUAAGGAAGUCUGUUGUAAUAUCCGAUCAUGUCUAAACUCUUCGAAAAGUCAACUUUCGUUAACGCAAUUACUACGUGAUUAUAAAGAAGUCCUCGGUGAACCACUUCCGUUCCGACCAUUAGGUUAUAAUUCUGCCGAGGCUUUAUUACGAGCUGUGCCCAAUUUAAGGAUAUCCAACUUACGAGGCGAAGUAUUCAUAGAUGUAAAACCCGACGAAAAGACCGCCCAUAUUGCGAGCUUGGUUCGAGAGCAAAGAAACUCCAAGAAAAAGAAAAGGAAACCGAUUCGUGGUUAUCAACGUGGAGGAGCACCGCUACCGCCACUUCGUAGACCGGCUAGUAUACCACCGCCUCGAAGAUCUGCGCCUCCGCCGCGUGAUCGUUCUGAUUAUUAUCCAUCGUAUCGAAGAACCUCUCCGCCGAAUCAAUCGUACCAAAGAAAACCUAGUCCUCCUCGAUAUACGAGUUAUUCGAAUAACUCGAACAACAGAAAUGAAAACUACACAAAUAGUAGAAAUGAGAAUUAUUCGAAUAGUAGAAAUGAUAACUACUCGAAUAAUAGAAACGAUAAUAAUUACCAGCGAAGAAGAGACUCGCCACCGUCUACGUUUACGUCGCAACAAAAUUACCGUAACUCGGCUCCGAUAGAAAUAUCGUCCGAUGAAGACAAUAACUUCAACAAUCGCAACGAUCAAGCGAAACGUGUCGAAGAAGAAAUCAGACGUAAAUAUUGUCCGGUACCAUCGCAGUAUAAUUUUUCCGAUUCGAACGAGUACAACGAUGAUGAUGGUUCGGAUUUGGAAGAUUGCGACGAAAUAAAUUCUAAAAUGGAAGAGCUGAAAGUUACGUUAGGAAAUCAGAGACAGGUUUCGAUUAAUAAACCGAAAUUUCGAUCGUACCCUUCGAAUACGUCCAACGAAGAUGAUUACGGAUACAGUUCAAUGAAUGAAAUUAACGCUUCAACCAAAGAAUCUCCGCAGGGCGAUGCAGUAUCCAAAGGAAAAGGCGACAUGAAGGAGAAAAUGAACCUUACUCGUAGUCCUGGUGCUCUGUUGGCCGCCGGAAGAGCUAUGCAAGAACCAAAUAUAACUUCGACGUCCAACUCCAAAGUUCGACUCAAAGACCUAAAACCACUGCCUCCACAUCAGACGCAUAGUUUCAUUCAGAAAUACUUAUCGAAAAACUCGAGUACUCACGGUGAUGCGGUUCUGCCUUCUGUUCCGGCACCAAAUCCUAAGCCAGCUGAUUCCCGCGAACCUUUUAGAACUUUGAAUAGGUCUGAUUCAAUUAACAGUAACGGUUCACGACCUUCGCCUGCAUCGUCUCCAGUCGAUAAAGUCAACCCAAGUUUACCACCUUCGUCUAAAAUGUGUGAUUUGAAUAUGUUCCAGCCCAGUCGUUAUGUUGAACCGGACUUUUCUGACGGCACAAGUUGUGGUAAAUUACUCGAAUUCACCGCUUGUCAUAAUCUUCAACCACCUCAAUUUAAAACUUUCGUAAAAUUUAUCCCGAAAUCUAAAGUAGCGUCGUACAUGUGUAAAAUAAAAGUCGGUUCAUCGUUAAGUUACACCAGUUUCCCUUUCGAAAGUGGCCUGGUCUCAGACGUCCAAGAAUAUACGGCUAAAAUCGCUCUCAAAGAGUUGGAAAAACGAUACGGAACCGUUAACUCCACUGACUUACCGGUCACCGACGAUGAAAACCUCAUUAUUCAACGAAUCGCCGAAAUCGUGAACCCGCAUUCCAGCGGAUUGAAAAGCGAGACGAUCGAAACGAAGUAUAAAAACGCACAUCAGCAGAUCUUACCUCUCGACUGGUUGGAUUUAAUUAAAAAUCGCUCGUUACUCAGCGUCGAAGAAUUGGUGGGCGGUAGCAUCGCCGUUUAUCCUGUCGAAGGCGGAAUGACUGGUACUCAUUUAGAUGUAUCGAAACUCCCACCAUUGGUAUUACCAGAGAGUGAAGUUUGGAAUGUAUAUAUAACUUGUUGCGAUUCAACGUCUUCUGUGUAUUUCAGAAUUGUUCACGAUGAUUAUAAUGGUGCUUACGUAGGCAUGGACGAAAAAAUGCACGAAUUGUACAACGCGAAAAGAGACUCCGAAGAGUUACGACACGUUGAAGUAGUCAAAGAGGGAUCAUACUACGCAGCAUACCUGGAUUCAGAUUGGUUCCGGGUUAAAGCCCUCAGUACGAUUGUCGACGGUCUCGUAAAAGUAUGCUUAAUAGAUCACGGUGAUAUUGACGAGGUAACUCCCGAAGAAUUGUUCCCAUUGGACGAACGGUUUACCGCAAUACCAGCUCAGAAAGUGAGCUGCAGUUUGACCGGACUCGAAAAAUACAGCAAAGAACCGUACGUAACCGGACUCGUCUACCAAUUGACUUACGGUAAAACAUUCGUGGCCAAAGUCGAUACAAGGAAUCCAUCUUUGCAGCUUACUUUACUCGAUACCAGCACCGAUGACGAUAUAAUUGUUAACGACCUGAUUGGCGAACGAAUUGAGAAAGAGUUGGAACCGCCGAAAGUUCCGUCUAAAAACAACGUAACAGACGCUUACCUAGUAUCAGUAAAAGAAGACGGGUCAGCAUGUGUGCAAAUUUACUCUGACAGUUUCUUGUUACUGAAGAGUUUUCUAGACGAAGCAUCCGAAGAAAUAGCCACAAAUCUCGACACAUAUCAAGUAAAAUCAACCAACGAACUCCUCGGCAGCAGAAUCUUCUUAGCUAGAUACGCGGCCGAUGGAAAAUGGUACAGAGUUAUCAUCGAUAAAGUUGUCAACGAAGAACAAAUCGAAGUGUUAUUCGUCGAUUACGGUUGCUUGGAAGUGGUAACAUUGAACGAUAUAGCCGACAGUAAACAUUUCGCCGAAGCUUUGUCGAUAAUGCCAAAUCAGGCUAUUCAAGUACGACUCGUUAAACCCAACGAAGAACUGUUUACCGAUAACGUUACGAAUUUUUUAAUGGAUCUUGCGUCGCCCAAAGAAUCGAACGAACCGACUCGUUUUCUCUUGAAAACCGUUAAAGAAGGCGCCAUCCCGGAUGUGUAUCUAUUCUUUAGAAUGAAAGAAACCAAUCAACUUGUCAACGUCAACGACAUCAUUGGCUCAUAUUUUCCACAAUUCAGAGGUCCGAAUCAUAUCAGUAUCAAUUUAUCAACUGUUAAUGGUAUGAGUUCUUCGGGUAGUAAUAAUAAUUCGAAUAGUGUAAUUUCGCAACCGAAGAAAGUCGAACUCAAGACUAAACCUAAAGAAACCCUGGAAAGAGUGGCCCCGGUUCCGAUGUACGUAAUCCCAUCCGAUGUAAAGGAGCAGUUCGGCGUGUAUGUGACGAUGGUUUCGAGCCCUUUUAAUUUCAUAGUACAACCUCAAGCUGAUGCCGCUAAGUUGGCCGAGCUGAAAUCUCUGAUGAAAUCAUUUUACGAUAAAGAAGAAGCCUGCGUUGACGUGUCGAAUAUUAAAGAAAACGAAAUUUACGCCGUUAAGAAUGUAGAUGGGAUGUGGUACCGAGGUAUGGUGAUGACGUUGAUGAAAGCUUAUAACAAUAUCACGAUAAAACUGAUAGAUUAUGGCGAAAUUAUCACAAUUCCGCAUUCAAAUAUCGCCCAAUUACUGCCGGCUUUCCGCCAAUUAUCCAGACAGGCGAUUAAAGCAGAAUUAGCUGGUGUCACUCCAUUGCAUGGAGAUUGGUGCGUAGACGAUUCUUUGCGCUUUAAACAACUAGUGUCCGAAAAAAUGCUUAUUAGCUUCGUUGUGAGCGUUCUGGACGAUGGAAAAAUAAGUAUUAUUCUUUUCGAUACAUCUGCUGAUGAUGCCAUUGACAUUGGAGCCGUCUUAAUUAACGAGGGACGUGCUAAAGAUAUCACUCAACAUUGAAAUUUGAAACAAGCACAGGUGAAGUUUUCUGCGGUGUGAUGGUUUUCUGGUUGGUUUUGUAUUAGUGUAGCGUUGUUUUCGUUUUUUUUUUCUACCAUUUGUUUAAGUUUAAAAUAUGACCUUUGUCUGUUUUGUUUGCUCUUUUUUUUUUUUUUUUGCUCCCCUAGCUUAAUAUACUGUUUUUCAUUUCAAAUUUAUAAGUUAUAGUAUUUUUAACGUUAACAAUAUUACUAUGCCAUAAUGUACGUUGUUGUAAUAUUUUGAUUACGAAAUUUAGAGUUUUCUUUCCUAAAUUUCGACGCCAAAUUUUUUGAUGUCUGUUGUUAUUCGACUGCCCGUAACUUACUGUGAUAAGGUACAAAAUGCGAAUUAUUCCUUCUUUUUACUUUGGUGAUACUGAUUUGUUAUUUUUCACAUUUUUCGUUUUCUAUAUAUUAUUAUUAUUACUUAAUAUAUAUAUCGGUCGUACGUAGUUUUUUUGUACUGUUAAAUUCACUCGAAAUUACGAUAGAUAUGUUAUUGUUUGUACUGAUGCGUUUCACCAUUACUUAUUUACGAGUUUUGUUUGUGGUUAAAUGAUAAUUAUAAAGUUUUUAUUGCGGA